CUGCAGAGCCACACGAUGCUCCAGAGGCAGAUGCCGGUUUGGGCCUCCCACUACCCGGCAGACCCGUGCCAAGCAGAAGAUGGCAGGCCCUCGGCCACCUGCACCUUGGAGGAGGGGCUGUCUCCAUGCCACCUGCUGACAGUGAGGGUCAUCCGGAUGAAAAACAUCCGACAGGCCGACGUGGUGAGCCAGACAGACUGCUUUGUGAGCCUCUGGCUGCCCACCGCCUCUUAUAAGAGGCUGAGGACUAGGACCAUCUCCAACUGCCGAAACCCAGAGUGGAAUGAAACCUUCAACUUCCAGAUCCAGAGCCAAGUGAAGAACGUGCUAGAGCUGAGCGUCUGUGAUGAAGACACAGUGACACCAGAUGACCAUCUCUUGACAAUUCUCUAUGACCUCACCAAGCUCCGCUUCCGAGAGAAAACCCACGUGAAGUUCCCACUCAACACAGAGGGCAUGGAGGAGCUGGAGGUGGAGUUCCUGCUGGAGGAGAGCCCCUCUCCACCUGAGAGCCUCAUCACCAAUGGCGUGCUGGUGUCUCGACAAAUGUCCUGUCUGGAGGUUCAUGCAGAGUCCAGGAGACAGAAGAAGAAGAGGAAGAUGAAGGGCCUCCUGGUGACAGUGACGGAGUCCUUCGAGCACACCCAGCGCCUCGCACCCUGCCUGCAGCCCUGCCACACAAACCCUGCCUGCUUCCACUACCCCAAGUACUUCCUGCCCCAGGUCCACAUGGAGGCACCCAAGAGCCGGUGGAGCUGUAAGCUCUUCUGCUGCUGUGCGCGCCAGAACAGCCCUGUGUGCCGGCCCCUCAGCUGCCUCCCAGACAGCCAGGCGGUGACCCUGCCUGUGAACGAGAACUGUGAAUUACACAUGAAGGCUACACCCUGCUCCCAGGCACUGGACGUGCGGCUGGGCUUCAGCCUGUGUCAGGCAGAGCUGGAGUUCCUGCAGAAGCGGAGGGUGGUGGUGGCCAAGGCGCUGAAGCAGGUUUUGCAGCUGGAGGAGGACCUGCAGGCAGACGAGGUCCCGCUGAUAGCCAUCAUGGCCACUGGGGGUGGGACAAGAUCCAUGACCUCCAUGUACGGCCACCUGCUGGGGCUGCAGAAGCUGAACAUCCUGAACUGCACCAGCUACGUCACUGGCCUGUCGGGGGCCACCUGGACCAUGGCUACCUUGUACCGUGACCCUGACUGGUCCUCCAAAAACCUGGAGCCUGCCAUCCUCGAGGCAAGGAGGCAUGUGGUCAAGGACAAGAUGCCUGCCCUGUUCCCAGACCAGCUCCUUAAAUUCAAGGAGGAGCUCCAGCAGCGCAAGCAGGAAGGCUACAAGGUCACCUUCACAGACUUCUGGGGGCUGCUGGUCGAGGCCUGUCUGGGGGACGAGAGAAAUGAAUGCAAACUGUCAGAUCAGCGUGCUGCUUUGUGCGAAGGCCAGAACCCCCUGCCUGUCUACCUCACCAUCAAUGUCAAGGAUGAUGUAAGCAACCAGGACUUCAGAGAGUGGUUCGAGUUCUCCCCCUACGAGGUGGGCCUGCAGAAGUACGGCGCCUUCAUCCCCGCCGAGCUCUUCGGCUCCGAGUUCUUCAUGGGGCGCCUGAUGAGGAGGAUCCCGGAGUCGCGGAUUUGCUACAUGCUCGGUUUGUGGAGCAGCAUCUUCUCCUUGAACCUGCUUGAUGCCUGGAAUUUGUCCCACACCUCAGAAGAGUUUUUCCACAUGUGGACAAGGGAGAAAGUGCAUGAUAUCGAAGACGAGCCACUCCUACCUGAAAUCCCCAAAUGUGAUGCCAACGUCCUGGACACCAAGGUGGUGAUGCCAGGGUCGUGGCUGUCCAAUACUUUCCGCAACAUCCUCACCUACCGGGCCUUUGUGUCUGAGUUCAACAACUUCCUGCUGGGGCUCCAGCUGCACAGCGACUACCUCCAGAACCACCAGUUCUCCAUGUGGAAAGACACGGUGCUGGACGGCUUCCCAAACAAGCUGACAGAGUCCAUGAACCACUUGUGCCUGCUGGACACUGCCUUCUUCGUCAACUGCAGCUACCCACCCCUCCUCAGGCCCGAGAGAAAAGCUGACCUCAUCAUCCACCUCAAUUACUGUGCCGGGUCGCAGACAAAGCCCAUGAAACAAACCUGCGAGUACUGCACCGAGCAGAAUAUCCCCUUCCCCAAAUACGAGGUACAGGAGAAGGAUGAUAACCUCAAGGAGUGCUACCUGAUGGAGAACUCCCAGGAAGCCGAUACACCCACUGUGAUUUUCUUCCCACUCAUCAAUGACACCUUCCAAAAGUACAAAGCCCCAGGUGUGGAGCGAAGCCCCGAGGAGCUGGAGCAGGGCCAGGUUGACAUCUAUGGUCCCAAAUCUCCCUACGCCACCAAGGAGCUGACGUACACGGAGGCCGCCUUCGACAAGCUGGUGAAGCUCUCCGAGUAUAACAUCCUGAAUAACAAGGACAAGCUCCUUCAGGCCUUGCGACUGGCAGUAGAGAAGAAGAAACGCCUGAAGAGCCAAUGUCCCUUCUAAAGUCCCAGGACAGCUCACGGAUCCCGUGUCUGCUUCUACCAUCAGAGGUGCAGAACCCACCAGGGCUGACCGGCCCGCACAGCCAACUCUGCUCUCUAGCAACAGCUGCAGGCAGGCUGGCCUGGGCUUUCUAUCAAAAAACUAAAAUUUAAAAAAAAGUUGAGGGAGAAAGAGACAAAGGAAAAUAACAAGGGGAUGUAUGAGGCCUUUAUACUCACUGGAAUUUUUUUAAAACCUUCCCUGCAGGGUAAGGGGUCCAAUAGCCACAGACUCCCACACAUGCUGAAGUAUGGAAAAUAAUAGCAUGGCCCAAUUUUAUUUAUAUAAGAGGCUGGUUCCCCAGAAACCUCAGACUCAGAGCUGGAACUCAAAGCCCUCCCCUCAUUACUCCUCUCUGCUCGGGGAAUGUACGAGAGGACCUGAGAAGCAUUCUGGGUUCUCUGGAAAAGAUGGUUUUUUUAAUUUAAGGCAGUUGUAUUCUUGUGAUUUUUAUUUUUAUGAAUCAGUGUAUUCAUAGGACGUGUGAUGCUCAAAGAUCUAGAUGGAGCACUAGAGACCUCCUGGUCUCUUCAGCAACAAACACAAACAGGUGGUGGGGUUUCAGAAGCCCCUCUGCAGCCCCUUAGCCCCAGGACUCUGAGUGAUCCCUCUGAUCCUGACUGGGCAGCCUCGACUGAGCUCCCAGCUCUAGCGAAAUACCAGGCAAAUAUCUGCAGCUCAGUUUCAUUGAACAAGGAUCUGGGAUGCAGCUCAGGGAUGUCUGGGCGGGUCCACCAGGUAUCAGGUGAGUGAUUCUGCUCAGUGUUGCCCACUCCUCGGGGCUACCAUUUGCUGACCAACCUGCUCCAGGAGCACAUCUCUGUCCUCUCACCACGUCCUUUCUGGUUUCCAGAUGGGAUUAUUUAUUUCUAAGCGGUAUUCCUCUUAUUUGUUAUGUAAACACCAUGGCCACCACAUUCCCAACUCUUGAAGAGUCACCCUGAGAUAACAAAACUGGAAAAGAUCAACCCAAAAGAACUAGGUUAACCCUGAGGAAAAGGCUCAUCCUUGGAGAUGGUUUCCAGCUGAAUCUCUGGGAAAGCUCUGGGACCCCAAAGCUCAAAGUAUUCAGGUCUCCCAACAGGCUGGGAACUUAACUAAAGAAAUGUGUAAUCUGAGCCAUUGAGAUGCCUGGACAGUUGGAAGGUGUGACCAGAAAGGCAUGUGGUCUACAUGAAGCCCAGCAAACCUGGAAGACAUGGCCCUCUCUCUGGGCCACCGUGCUCCCUAAGCAGUCCUUUGGAUGUUAGCAGAUGAAUGGUGACAGGUGCCAAGUUUACCAGAGUUGUCCUCUGAUGUAUAUCCUUGCUACUCAAAGUGUAGUGGGGGAGCUGGUUAGAAAUGCAGAAUCUCUGGCGCCACCCAGCCAUAUUGAAUCCAGAAUCUGUAUUUUAAGGAGAUUUUCACCUGCCUCCAGGUGAUGCUUACACAUAUUAAAGUCAGAGAGGAGCGGAUUUAUGCCAUACUCUCCCAUAGGCUGGAAAGCAUGACUCCAUCACCUCCCCUGAGCCACUGAUAAACUGGGCUCCUGGACCUGCAAAGCUGGUCCCCACCCAGAGAAUGCUGACUUGGGACCCCACCCCUCUCCUCCACCAGAGCAGCCAGCUGCAUCACUUUGCUAUCUUUUCUUUCCAUCUGCAACAAACAGGUUCUCCUUAAAUGAUCAGAGAGAGCCACUGGGCAAGACCUGUGUGUUUAUUGUAAGAUGAAGGCAGCCCGGCCUUGGACUCAUCAAAGUAUGUAAAACAAGGUUUAUAAAAGCACUGUAUUAUCUGAGCACGGAAUAAAAUGGCCACGUGCGUAAGUGCUGUUGACUCAUCGGCUUCCAUUAUCUGAUGCUGCAAAACAUGCGUAACUGCUGCCUUCAUCCCUGCCUGGGCUUCCCAUGCGCACUGCCAGAGGUGUGAGAAGGCCGUUUCCAUCCCAGCCCUCCUCUCCUCCUGCAGGGGUCCCCCCUUUCUUGUGUGGUGGGGUGCCCCUCUGUUUUUAUGAAGCCGUGUCAUCAACCAGUGGAACACCAGCCCUUGCUGACUCAUGCUGUUUGAAGCUCAGAUGGUUUUCACGAAGCACUGAUUGAUGGAGAGGAAAGAAGGGCAACCAGCAUCAGCUGAUACACAGCAGUCUGUGAACAGCCUCUGCUUUGCAGGAACCUUAGAUUUCGGUUUGGGGAAAAGAUAUGAAAAGAUUUGUAUACAGACUUGAGGAAUUAAAUAGUGACUUAGCUUCUAAAACAACGCUGGUGAUGUCACAGAGCAGGACAUGAGUAAGGGCCACACAAGGGAUAAGGACAAGGUGUCAUCAUCUCCGAGAGGGGUGAGGGCACAAGGUCCUGGGAAGGACAGGGAGGCUCCCUCCUCAGGUUCUCUGCUCUCCGCCUAUAACAUGAUUUAAUAGAAAAAUGAAACUCCUCUCUCCCUCAGUGUUCCUCCCUCCCUGUCUCCUCUUUCCUUCCUGAGAGCAGCCAGCAUGACACAGUGCCACGCAGCCCAGGCGCCCUGCCCCACAGUCGAUGUUUUCUGCCCCUAUGUCUCCAUGAAAACACUUCUUCCCAAGGUCACCAGUGUUUUCCUAAUUGCCAGAUUAUACUAAGCCAAAUGGCACCAGCCCUCUACAGGCCUUAUCUUACUUCAUUGUUCUCCGCAUUUGGCCCUGCAGACCACUCCCUCCUUCCUGAAACCCUCCCUUCCCAUGACUUCCUUGCCAACAGCAAGCAGUUAGUUCAGUUCCGCUCGCAAAUAUUUAUUGGCUUCCCACUACGUGCCAGUCACUGCUGUAGGCACUGAGACAAUAAAAAGGAUGAACAAUUGACCCCACACUUCAAGGAGCUUCCUUCUGGUCCCACGCAGGAGGCCUGCAUGGAAACAGAGGCUUGCGAUAUGAAGAGGAAGUUCCAUAUUACCUGUGGACACACGGGGCACACAUUAGGGGCUGCCAACCCAGCCCCAGCGAGAAGGAGCCAAGCCGCUUCCCAGGCCUCCCCUCCCCUCUCUCCUUUAACUGCUCGAAUUCCUUGACACUCUCGCCUUAGCUCUCUCCGCUUCUCACCCUAUACUCUCCUUAAGCAAUCUCAUCUACGCUGAGAACUUCUACUACUGCUUCUAUUCUGUUUAUACAUUCAUCUAUCCGUUGACACUUAGGUUGCUUCUACCUCUUGACUAUUGUGAGUGGAGCUACUAUGAACAUGAGUAUGCGAAUAUCUCUUAGAGACCCUACCUUCAAUUCUUUGGGAUACAUACCCAGAAGUGGGAUUGCUGGAUAAUACAGUAGUUCUAUCUUUAAUUGUUUGAGGAACUGCCAUACUGUUUUCCAUAGCAAUUACAUGGAUUCACUUCUGUAAUCUGCUUUUUUCCACUUAAAAAUAUGUACUGAGCAUUUUCUCAGGUCAUCAAUACUCUACUUCUAUAACACAAUUUUCAGAGACUAUGUAGGAAUCCAUCAUCUGCUUAACUAGCCCUUCAUGGGGGGAACAACUGGUCACAGCUUUUCACUAUUAUAAAUGAUGUGCUUAUAGACAUUCCUUAAAGCUUUACAUUCAUUAUUCCUUCAGGAUAAAAUUCCUGAGAAGUGUGAGCAUUUCUAACGACUAGUAACGGUAUAAUUGACAUACAAUAAACUGCACAUAUUUAAAGUACACAAUUCGAUGCCUUUCAGCAGAUGUAUACCACUGUUCACCAUCACCACAAUCAAGGUAAUGAGUAAAUCAUUCACCCCAACAGAAGUCUUCUCAUGCCCUUUGUAAUCCUUCCCUCUGCUGCGCCCCUGCUGGGUCACGUGGUAGGUGUCUGCUCCACUUUUUAAGAAACUGCCAAACUACUUUCCAAAGUUGCUCCACAUCCUCACCAACAACUCAUAUGAUCGGACUUAAUUUCAGACAUUCUAAUAGGCAUAUAAUAGUAUCUUGGUUGGUUUGUUUUGUUUUGUUUUGUUUUUCGGUCGAGCCGCGCUGCGUGUGGGGUCUUAGUUCCCUGACCAGGAGAGGGACCCAGGCCAUGGCAGUGAAAGUGCUGAGUCCUAACCACUGGACCACCAGGGAACUCCCUGUUUUCUUACUAUUGAGUUUUAAGAGGUCUUUAUAUAUUCUGGAUGCAAGUCCUUUAUCAGAUAUGUAAUUUGCAAAUAUAUUCUCCUAGUCUGUGAUUUGUCUUUUCAUUCUCUUUACAGCAUCUUUCAAAGGUCAGGAGUUUUUAAUUUUGAUCAAGUCCAAUUUAUCAAUUUUUUUCUUUUAUGGAUCAUGCUUUUAGUAUCAUCUAAGAAACCUUUCCCUACACAAGGUCACAAAGGUUUUCUGCUAUGUUUUUUUCUAGAAGUUUUAUAACUUUGUCUUACAUUUAUGUUUAUAAUCAUUUUUAGAUAAUUUUCACAUAUAGUACAAAGUAUAGAUCAAAGUUCAUCUUUUCACAUACGGAUGUCCAACUGUUCUAGCAUUAUUGGUUGAAAAGUCUUUCCUUUAUCCAUUGAAUUGCCUUUGCACUUCAUCAAAAAUCAAUUGACUGUAUAUGUGUGGGUCUAUUUCUAAACUCUAUUUGUUCCUUUGAUAUAUUAGUCUAUAUUUUUACCAAUACCAUGCUGUCUUGAUUUGUGCAGCUUUACAAUGAGUUUUUAAAUUAGGUAAUAUAAGUCCUCCAACUUUGUUAUUUUUCAAAGUUCUUCUGGCUAUUUUAGGUCCUUUGCAUUUACGUGUGAAUUUAGAAUCAGCUUGUCAAUUAACAAAAAUAAAAGCCUACUGGGAUUGCACUAAAUCUACAUAUCAGUUUGGAGAAAAUUGACAUCUUAACAAUAUUGAGUCUAGUGAUCCACAAGCAUGGUAUAUAUCUUCAUUUAUUUAGACUUUCAUAUUUCUCCCAGAAAUGCUUUAUGGUUCUCAGUGUAUAGACCUUGUACAUUUUUUUUUAACUAGAUUUACCCCUAAGUAUUUAAUAUUUUCAAUGCUAUUGCAAAUGACAAUGAUUUUUUUUACUUCAUUGUCCAGUUAUUCAUUUCUAGUAUAUAAAAAUAUAGUGGGUUUUUGUCUUAUACCCAGAAACCUUGCUAAAUUCACUUACUAGUUCUACGAGCUUUUUUUGUAGAUUCCAUAGAAUUUUCUACAUAGAUGAUUAUAUUUUCUGCAAAUAAAAACAGUUUUACUUCUUCCUAUCCAGUCUAGAUACCUUUUCUUUUGCUUGCCUUAUUGUACUAACUAGAACCUCUAGCAGGAUGUUAAAUAAAAGUGGUGAAAGCAGACAGCUUUACCCUGUUCCUGAUCUUGGAAAGCAUUCAGUCAUUUCACCUUAAGUAUAAUGUGGAGAAGCAGAAGUCUUGAAUGUGUAUUUUCAAGAUUUUUGAUAAGUAUGGACUCCAGAAAAGUACCAAUUUACACCAUCUCCAGCAAUGUAUGAGAAGGCACCUUUCCCUACACCCUUGCCAACAUUAGGCAUCUUAGAAAAAUAAAAGUCUGCCAUUCUUAAUGUUAUCUGUUCAUUUUUAAUUUGUUUCUUUGGUUAUUAAUGGAGAUCAGCAUCAUUUAAUGUUUACUGGCCAAUUGUAUUAGUUUUAUUGGUUGUCUGUGUCCUUUCCUCACUUGUCUAAUGGUUCACUUUAUUCAUUUCUUUCUUAAUAAUUUCAUAGUAGCUUUUUAAAGUUCUAAUGUCCUUAAAUAUAUAUAU